AUGAAAGCGCGCAGCACUCAGGCUGAGCUGGACAAGCUGAGAGGAGUGAUUGAUGGAGCCAAGGACUCAAAGAUUGCUGCAGCCCAGCCAUCUAUCCUCGCUGCAGAGGAGAACCUUCACAGCAUGGUGGUGGAUCUGGACAGUGUGGUGACCAAGGUCCAGACAGCCCAGGCUGAGGCUAAGAUUGUGUCCCAGUACAGUGAGCUGGUGAACGAGGCCAAGGCCCAGUUUCAGAAGAACAGCAUCACUCCAGAGAUGCUGGCCAAAUGGAAGGGACUCACAGGGAAGCUGACUCAAGAUGACCUCAACUCCCUGAUCGCCCAUGCCCACCGACGUAUUGACCAGCUGAACCGGGAGCUGGCGGAGCAGAGGGUGAGGGAACAGAUCCACAUCAAGUCUGCCCUGGAGCAGCAGAAGCUGGAAGACAAGAAGGCCCUGGAGUUGGCAGUAUCCACCGCCCUGGAACACAAUCGAGAACAAAUGCAUCUGGAGCAGGAGAAAAAGGUGGAGGAGACUCGGGAGGUGAUGGAGGCUGAGAUGCAGACCCAGCUGCGUAGACGGGCUGCAGCACACACAGACCACCUGCGUGACGUCCCCAAGGUUCAGGAGCUGCGUUCUGAGGAAGAGGAGAUCCUGAACAGCACGUUGAUGGAGAAAGAGACAGAGUAUCUUCAUCUGACACAGGACCAACUGGACAGCUUCACCCUGGACAUGAAUGCAGCUUAUGCCAGGCUCAAGGGCAUAGAGAAGGCCAUUGACAGCCAUGUUAUUGCAGAGGAGGAGGCCCCUAAGGCCCAUCAGCUGUGGCUCUCAGUGGAGGCUCUGAACUACACCCUGAGGACCGCUGCCCUAAACGACCCCACCGAGCGCCUAGAGGGCGCUGUGCAGGCCAUCAAGGAGAGCUGUGCCAAGAACGGGUUUGCCCUGGCACUGGCCACUGCCCUGUCCUCCGAGUCCCUCAGUCGCGGGGUCUACAGCGAGGCCUCUCUCCACGCCCGCUUCUAUGUCAUCCGCCAGCUGGCCCGCCGCGUGGCCCUGAUCGACGAAACCCGCAACAGCCUCUAUCAGUACUUCCUGUCCUACCUGCAGGCUACCCUGCUCUUUGAGAAGAAGCAGGAGGCCCCCCCUGCCAAGCUGUCGGCCGAAGAUCUCGACACGUUUAAGCUGCUCUCCUACGCCGCCUACAGCCUGGAGCACGGAGACCUGGAGCUGGCCGCCAAGUUUAUCAACCAGCUGAAGGGUGAGUCACGCAGGGUGGCUCAGGACUAG